AUGUCUCAAUUACAAGAGACAACUGGUAGUAGUGGAGGUAAUGAAGAAAAAAGGGAGUUUCCUGAUGAUCGAAUUUUUAAAGAAUCUGUAGCACAAAGCUUUGAAAGGAUGAAUGUGCAAAUGAAUGACUUUAGAGAUGAAUUGGAUGUAUUGAGGGGAAUGAGAAAUGAGAUUACCAGGUUUAUGGAAGAGAUGAGAAGGGACAGAGAAGAUAGAAAUAGGAGGAAUGAUGGGGGAGCAAAUGUGGGAAAUCAGAAUAGAAAUGAAGGUAGAUUUCGGGCAGAACAUAGGAAUGAAGGGUAUGAAGAAGCUGAAUGGAAUGAUGAUGAGUAUGAUGAAGCUUAUGACUAUGGGAACUACCAUUAUGGUGGAAGAGGGCAUAGACCACCUAGGGGUAGAGGGCCUAGGGGAAGAAGGGGUGGCAGAAAUUUUAGGCUCGGUGAUCAUUGGGAUAGAGAUGGAAAUGAGGAGAGAGUUGAUGGGAAUUUAGCUAGUAUAAAGAUGCAAAUUCCACCUUUUCAUGGGAAGGAUAAUCCAGAAGUUUAUUUGGAGUGGGAGAGACAGGUGGAGUUGAUUUUUGAGUGCCACCAUUAUUCUGAAGAAAAGAAAGUGAAGUUAGCAGCUGUAGAAUUCAAAGAGUAUGCAAUUGUAUGGUGGGAUCAGUUGUUGAGUAGGAGGAGGAGAAAUGGGCAACGAACCGUGGAGACAUGGGACGAAAUGAAGGGAAUCUUGCGAAACAGGUUUGUGCCACCUUACUACCACAGAGAGCUGCUUCAAAGGUUACAAAAACUCACUCAAGGUACUAAAAGUGUCGAAGAAUACUACAAGGCCAUGGAGAUAGCGUUGAUUAGAGCUGAUGUCGAGGAGGAUCGGGAAGCUACAAUGGUUCGCUUUUUGAAUGGGUUAAAUCCUGAAAUUGCUAAUAUUGUGGAGCUGCAACCUUGUGUGGAGGUGGAGGAUAUGCUACAAAUGGCACUUAAAGUGGAGAAGCAACUAAAAAGGAAGAAUGUGGCUAGAUAUGCACCAGCCAACCAUUCGGCUCCUAGGAGUAAUUGGAAGUCGAAUUGGUCUGCUCCUUCAAGGGUGGAGAAAGAAGUUCCCAAAUUCAAGAAAGAAGAAUGGAAAGGAAAGGAGAAAGUAGAGGAGAAGAAUAAGGGAGUUCCUACUAGGACUAGAGAAUUGAAGUGUUUUAAGUGUUUGGGAAAUGGACAUUAUGCCUCACAAUGUCCAAAUAAAAGAGUGAUGGUUGUUAGGGAAAAUGGAGAGUUAGAAAGUGAAGAGGAAAGGGAGGAAGAAUCUGAUAAUGUUGAUGAGCAUGAGGAUGAUUGCUACGAUGAGGGAGAUCAGCCACCUAUGGAUGGCAAUAUCCUUGUCACCAUGCGCACACUAAGUGCACAAGUGAGUAUGGAGUGUGGUGAUGAAAUGCAAAGGGAGAACAUCUUCCAUACUAGGUGCUUGGUGAAUGACAAGUUGUGUAGUGUGAUUGUAGAUGGUGGGAGCUGUUGUAAUGUGGCUAGUUCACUCUUGGUGGACAAGUUGGGUUUGCCUACUACUACACAUCCAAAACCAUAUGGCUUGCAAUGGUUGAAUGAUUGUGGGAAGUUGAGGGUUACAAAACAGGUGGUUGUGCCAUUCACCAUUGGCAAGUAUAAUGAUGAGGUACUUUGUGAUGUUGUGCCUAUGGUUGCUACGCAUCUUUUGUUGGGCCGUCCAUGGCAGUAUGAUAGAAGUGUUGUGCAUGAUGGUAGGAAGAACAGGUACACGGUCACUAAGGAAGGUCGAACAUACUCAUUGCUUCCUAUGACACCAGGUCAAGUGCAUGAAGAUCAAAUGAGGAUUCUUAGAUCCAUUGAAGAAAAGAAAGAAACUUGGAGAGAAAAACUUAGAGAGGCCGAGCUGGAUGAGAGUGAAAAGAAAGAGAAGAGAGAAGAAAAAGAGAGAAAAAGAGAAACAAAAGAAAAGAAAAUGAGAACAAAUGAGAAAAAGGAAAGCUCGGGGCAAAAGGAGAGUGGAGAGAAAAGAAUGAGUUUGUAUGUGAAGGAAAGAGAAGUUAGAGAGGCUUUACAUUCAGGAAGACCUCUUUGUGUACUUAUGUACAAGGAGGUUAAUUUAUGUGUUACUGACCUUGAUUCACAUUUGCCUAGUGAUGCUUUGUCUCUUAUACAGGAAUAUGAAGAUGUCUUCCCGAAUGAGUUGCCACCAGGAUUGCCACCUAUCAGAGGGAUUGAGCACCAGAUCGACUUGGUACCUGGAGCACAAAUACCGAAUAGACCAGCAUAUAGAACAAAUCCUAAAGAAACAAAGGAGUUACAAAGGCAAGUGGAGGAGCUUAUGGAGAAGGGCUAUGUUAGGGAGAGCAUGAGCCCAUGUGCUGUACCUGUGUUGCUAGUGCCUAAGAAGGAUGGGAGUUAUCGCAUGUGUGUGGAUUGCAGAGCCAUCAAUAAAAUCACUGUAAAGUAUAGACACCCAAUCCCUCGCCUUGAUGAUAUGCUUGAUGGGUUGCAUGGUGCAAGUGUGUUUUCUAAGAUAGAUUUGAAAAGUGGUUACCACCAAAUAAGAAUGAAAAUUGGUGAUGAGUGGAAAACUGCUUUCAAAACUAAAUAUGGGUUGUAUGAAUGGAUGGUGAUGCCAUUUGGGCUCACAAAUGCUCCUAGCACUUUUAUGCGUUUGAUGAAUCAUGUGUUGAGGAAUUUCAUUGGAAAAUUUGUUGUUGUGUAUUUUGAUGACAUUUUGAUUUACAGCAGUAACAUAGAUGAGCAUUUGCAUCACUUGAGACUUGUUUUUGAUGUG